AUGGUUCGGAUAAGCGAGGCGAUCAAAGAUGAUCACCGACGACUCGAGUCUUAUUACAAUAUCAUCGUCAACUCCGAAGAUGAAGACGAACAAACGAGAUUUCAAAAUCAAUUUACCUGGGAACUUGCACGACACGCCGUCGCCGAGGAGCUAGUAGUGUUUCCCGCACUGGAAAAGCUUCGACCUGACAGCAAGGAGAAGAUUGAUGAUGAUCGACGUGAGCAUUCAGCACUCAAAGAGAUGCUCUACGCCUUCCAGGAUUUAAACAGUUCUGACCCUCGCUUCCUCCCUACAAUUACAAUGCUGAUGGAAGGCCUUGCCAAGCAUAUGCGAGACGAAGAAUCAACCGACCUGGUUAUAUUGGAGGAGACCCUUUCUUCCGAUGAGAGCGAACAGCUGGGUAAAUCUCUUAGCCGUACUAAGAUGUUCGUGCCCUCUCGCUCGCAUCCAUAUGACCUGGACAAUCCACGCUUCGAGACUGUAGCCGACCUGCUCACGGCCCCGCUAGAUCAUCUCCAGGAUUUGUUUCGAAAGUGGCCGGAGGAGGAAAGCCUGUUAACCUCGCCCAUUGAGUAG